AUGCCCCGCCGCUGUCACACUAAAUCCCGAAAAGGCUGCGUUCAAUGCAAAGAAAGACAUGUCAAGUGUGAUGAACAACGGCCAACAUGCAGUCUCUGCUUGAAACGGGAGCUGACAUGCACCUAUGUAACUCCUCCGCCCAGGCGCAAACCUGCUGUAGAUCAUCUCCCGGAAGACGAAAAAGCAACACCUGCAUCUGGCAGCACAUCAAGUCCUCCUCCGGUCUCGCGUCUGCCCAGACUCGAAGAAAUGCAACUCUUUCACCAUGCUUUCACGGUGACUAGUCUCAGUUUUGUCAAGGAUGAACUUGACCGCGAGUUUUGGCAGUCGGUGCUUCCUCGUAUUGCGACGGGUCAUGACUAUGUCAUGGAUGGGUCUUUGGCGGUUGCUGCGCUUCAUUUGGCAUCUUUAGAGCCGGAGCGUUCAGCGCAUUGGCUGGAGACUGCUUUGAUUUAUCAGAAUUCAGCGAUAACGGGGUUGAGUCGGCAUUUAGCGACUAGCAAGCAGAAUUAUGAGGCGUUGUUCAGUUGCUCUAUAUUCAAUCUGAUUUUUGUGACUGCAUAUCCGGGCAUUUACGGUGAUGGGAAUCCUGUGGACCCGUUGAGUGAGAUUUUGACGAUGCGAUCGUUUCUGAGCGGUACUGCAUUCCUUUUCUUGCAGAUAUAUCACGGCGAAGAGAGGACUUCUAUUGAUCCUUGGAUACGUCGGGAUAAGAACAGGCCGCCGGUAUCUAAAGAUAGUGAGGAUCCGAAAAUGGUUGAGCUACACAAGACAACCUUGGAGAAACUCCAUUCAUUACGCAUUACUAUCGAUGAACUUCAAGAUCCCCAUCAGGAAAUCUACCGAAGUACCCAUGACUUGCUCCUCAAAGCAAUUGAAGGCUGGCCUACCGAAGACAGCAUAUCGUGGCCGAUCGAGAUUGGUGAUCCAUACGUGGAUCUGGUAAAGCAAGGCGACUGGAUGGCUCGUAUCAUGCUCUUGUUUCAUGGGUUGGGCAUGCAUCUGAUGUCGAGGAAGUGGUUCGCAAGGGGUUCAGGACGACGGCUGGUCCUGGGUAUCCUGCAACCGCUUGAGGGGAAAGUUCCACCUGAAUGGCUAGACAUGACCCAGUGGAUCAGAGAAGCCGUGGAUAUCUGA